AUUCAAAGGUUCAAUACAAGUUUUAAUUUGUUAAACGUAGUGAGAGCACGUUGAAACACACUGUCAUUUUUGUUGUGCUCCUUGAGGCUUCAGCUGUGCAACUACCGACUGGAAACAACAUGCAGUCAGCAGACCAACUUACAGAGGAACAGAUAGCAGAAUUCAAAGAGGCCUUCAGUCUUUUCGACAAGGAUGGCGACGGAAGUAUUACAACCUCGGAGCUUGGAACCGUAAUGAGGUCACUCGGACAGAACCCCACUGAAGCAGAGUUACAAGAUAUGAUCGCCGAAGUGGAUGCUGACUGCAAUGGAACAAUUGACUUUCCUGAAUUCCUUGCCAUGAUGUCCAAGAAGAUGAAUGAAAGUGAUGGGGACCAGGAAAUUAGAGAGGCAUUCCGAGUGUUCGACAAGGACGGCAACGGUUUCAUCAGUGCAGCUGAGUUGAGGCAUGUCAUGACAAACUUGGGCGAGAAGUUGACAGAUGAGGAAGUAGAUGAAAUGAUUAGGGAGGCAGAUGUUGAUGGUGAUGGACAAGUAAACUAUGAAGAAUUCAAAGAGGCAUUUAGUCUUUUCGACAAAGACGGCGAUGGCACCAUCACAACCAAGGAGUUGGGAACCGUCAUGAGGUCACUAGGUCAGAACCCAACAGAGGCAGAGUUGCAAGACAUGAUCAACGAAGUAGAUGCUGAUGGCAACGGUACCAUAGAUUUCCCAGAGUUCCUCACCAUGAUGUCCAGGAAGAUGGGCAACAACGACUCAGACGAGGAACUGAGGGAAGCGUUCCGGGUGUUCGACAAGGACGGCAACGGUUUCAUCAGUGCAGCUGAGUUGAGGCAUGUCAUGACAAACCUGGGCGAGAAGUUGACAGAUGAGGAAGUAGAUGAAAUGAUCAAGGAGGCAGAUAUUGAUGGUGACGGACAAGUAAACUAUGAAGAGUUCCAGGAGGCCUUUGGACUGUUUGAUAAAGAUGGCGAUGGUAGCAUCACCACAAUUGAGCUUGGGAUAGUGAUGAGGUCACUCGGGCAGAACCCCACGGAGGCAGAGCUACAGGACAUGAUUAACGAGGUGGACGCUGACGGUAACGGCAACAUCGACUUCCCGGAGUUCCUUACGAUGAUGCAGAAAAAGUUGAGUUCCAGAUCGGACUCGGAGGAGGAGGUGAGGGAGGCGUUCAAGGUGUUCGACAAGGACUGUAACGGAUUCAUCUCCGCCUCCGACCUCAAACAGGUUGAGAAUCUUACCGAUGAGCAGAUUUCAGAGUUCAAGCAGUGCUUUGCUUAUAUGGACAAAGAUGGGGACGGUAUGAUCACCUGUAAGGAGCUGGGAACCGUCAUGAGGUCACUAGGUCAGAACCCAACAGAGGCAGAGUUGCAAGACAUGAUCAACGAAGUAGAUGCUGAUGGAAACGGAACGAUUGAUUUUGAUGAGUUUCUGACGAUGAUGUGUCGACGUAUAAACACUUAUGACGAAGAGAGCGAGUUGAGAGAGGCGUUUGACGUAUUUGACCAAGAUGGCGACGGCCGGAUAUCCGUAGAAGAACUGCGUGUGACCCUAAGGGAGCUUGGCAAGGUCAUAGAAGACGACGAUGUUCAAGCCAUGAUAACACACGCAGAUAUUGACGGGGACGGGAAGGUCAAUUUUAUAGAGUUCGUAAAAAUGAUGAAAAACGAAUGAACCGGUAAACUCCCAAAGGCAUGGGUAGGAAUCAUGUUGGCUCUCAGUGAAAAUGAACCCUAUACACAGGAGAAAUCGAAUCUUACAGAACACCAUUUCACGAGGACGUUUUGCUCAUGGUGGAGAGCCGUCAACUAGAGCUGCUAGUUUUGCUAUGCAACACAGUCUUUGGUGAAAUUAGUUCAGGGAAAAAAACUGUAUGUAAUCAAGAUGUGACACUGAUCUCCGAUAAAUCGAUAACUGUAAUGUUACAUACGGAGUACGUGUCCUGGAUGCGGAAGCUGAAUACUCGCAGAAAAUAAACGCGCAUGUUUAUUGUGUAUACUUUUCUCGAUAGAUAUCUUUUAGUUUGUUUAGUUUUUACCCUUGUUUCAAUAAACGUUGUUUGAUAACAUUUUCAAA